CUUCCGGCGCCAUCGCCAUGGUUUCAGUAACGGCUCGAGAGGGGGCUUAGAGCUCCGCGGGAGAGUGUGGGAAAGGGCGCGAACGGCCAUUCCGUUCCCGGUCCCGCCGCCGCGCCAUCUUUCCCACGGUCCGGCCGCACUCAGCGGUGUCUCCUCCGAGCUGAGUAUUUGAAGAUGGCAACUGGUGGUGUUCCAAUGUUUGAGGAAUGUACUGAAGAUCAAGACUUGGCCAAUCAUAUUGUGAACAAUGGAAGUCUGGAUGAUCAGUUAAAUAAUCGGGAUUGGAGUCUUCAGUACAAGAAGGCUAACAAGUCAUCUGAGAAGAACAAGAAAAGAUUAAGUGCAGGAAGUGAGAGUCGACUUACAAAUGACAUCUCUCCUGAAUCCUCCCCAGGUGUUGGGCGUCGAAGAACUAAAAUACCCAAGAGUUACCCUCCCACAAAGCAUGCUUAUCGUUUCUCUGUUCCAGACUCUGCAGAACUUGAGAGGGUAAAACAACGUAUAAACUGCAGUGACUUGGAUGAGAGGAGCAUUGGGAGUGACUCUCAUGGCAGAGCCAUGGCUGCGAACAACAAACGCCCACCUGUCGAAAAUAGGAAGCCAUUCAACUUUCUUCAGCAGCAAAUCAAUAGCAACAAAAGCAAGGAUUCUGAUUUAAAUCCACAAAGACAAGAAACCAAGUUGGUUACUUCAGGAGUAGAUUUGUUUGCAUCUAUAAUAAGCAAAGAUUCGUUGCAAGGCGAUCAAGUCUUCCUUGGGGAUAUCAGAGGAGAAUCUGAAAUAGAAUGUAGUCAGGUUGUGAGCAGACUUAUCCAGAUUCGGGAUUACAUCAACAAGGCUCGAUGCAUGCGGGAUGACCUUAUGGAGAAAAAUGAAAGAUCUGCUAACGUUGAGCGUUUGACUCACCUGAUCGAUCACUUAAAAGAACAGGAAAAGUCAUACAUGAAAUUUUUACAAAAAAUGCUGGCUCAAGAGAAUGAGGAGGAUGAAGUUGGCACAACUGACUCUGCUGUCGGAUCUGGUUCUGUCGCUGAUAGCACUUCCCUAAACUUAGAUGUUCAGUCUGAAGCAUCAGAUGCAACGGAGGCAUCUCGUAGUCUGAGAGUUCGGCCCCGCAUUGAGGACAAGCUAGGAAAUACAGCACAGGGCUCUUCAAUAACAUCAACACCAAAAGGGGAAACUGACAGGCUUGAUCUGAAUGACAGGCGAGUCUUUCAUAGUGGGAGUAAUGGCAAGGAGCAUGGAAUUUCCUCUAAGGAAGGCGAUCAGCAUCGAGAAGCAAAAGAAGAGUUGGAAAAUCUGAAAAAGCAACAUGAGCUUUUGAAAAGAAUGUUAGAACAGCAGGAACAGUUAAAGACUCUUCAAGGAAGACAGGCAGCACUUUUGGCAUUGCAGCAGAAAGCAGAACAAACUGUAGCUGGAAUGGAUGAUUCUGUUGUAACCGAAGCAACCAGUAGUGUUUCAGGACUAAGUAUUACAUCAGAACUGAACGAGGAACUAAAUGACUUGAUCCAGCGUUUCCACAACCAGCUACAAAACUCGCAGUCUGUUCCAGACAACAGGAGACAAGCAGAGAGUCUUUCAUUGACACAAGAGGUUGACAGGAGUCAAGAUUCCUCAACUUCAGAACAUUUGUUAGAACAAAAAGUACAGCUGGUGAACAAGCUGCAAGUUUUACAAGGAAAGAAGGAGAGAAUGGAUAAACUCCUUGAUGAGUUGCACACAUUAAGAGAUCAUCAUAUCAACAACAGUUCCAUUUCCUCUAGUGCCCCUGGCAUAUCUGGCACAUCUCUCAGAAGUGAUCAAAGUGUUCCUCUUUCUGCACCAAAAGAUGUUACAAUCAACAGGGAACCCAACAGCUUGGCAUCCUCAGCAUGUGUUUUGGAUUCCAUUCCCUCUCAGCAUAAUAGUGAUGCAGAAGAUAAAGCUAAUCCAAGAAAGAAAUUGAAAAAACUAAAGGAAGUUCACAAGCGACUGAAUGAAUUACGUGAAUUAAUUGAUUACUAUCAGCAGACUUCAGAUAUGAUGACUGAUGCUGUUAAUGAAAAUAAGAAAGAGGAUGAAGAUGAGACUGAGGAAGAGUCUAUGUACUGUUCUGAUCAGGAGAAUGCAGAAACUGUCACAAACAUCAGAAACCCACGAAGGGGUAAUUGGACAGAUUUUGGUAGUAAUUCCAGGAUAGUGACACGAAAUGGAUCCAAUAACCGGAAUGGGAGAUUGCUGAACACAGACUGCGAAGUCAAUAAUAGACCAACAAAUGUACAGACUUUGAAUGUGCUACCUCCAUCAGCUGAGGCUCAUAUAAGCUAUGAUGAAAGUUCUCACUACAGUGACGAGAAAGAUGAAGGGAAGAAUGAUGACGCAAUACAAGAAGACGAGAUGCAAGGGGGGUGUGCAAGUGAAAGUACUAUGUCUAGUCGCCGAAGUAGUUUUAUGGAAGAAACUGAACAGGACUUUGCAAUUCAAGAAAAAAUAAACAGAUUAAAUGCUGCCAAACAGAAGCUUAAACAAUUGCAAGAGCUUGUAGCCAUAGUACAAGAAGUCCCAGAUGGAGUUGGUAUUGAUGUAUCUAACUUUUCUGACUUAUCAUUGACUGGAGAUGAUCAGCAUGAGCAGCAACCAAACAAUACAAGAACAAAUGCAUCUAGAAAUUCAAGAGAGUUAGCAUUGGGUGAAAAAGAAAGGGAGAAGUUCUAUGAGGCUAAACUUCAGCAACAACAGCAUGAACUGAAGCAAUUACAAGAAGAAAGGGAGCGCUUAAUUGAAAUUCAAGAGAAGAUUAAGCAUCUGCAGGGAUCAUGCCCUCAUCUACAGCUACCUAUAUCAAGUGCAAGAAAUCUGUCAAAAAUAAAAGUCCCCAUUGUUACAUCUACUCCUACCGUUAGCGUUCAGGGUGCAACAGCAGAGGUAUUGCCGGACCCAGUUGCAGCCCCCCCUCCUGAUAGUGAGCUGUGGUCAGAGAUGCGUAAGCACCAAAUUCUACGAGAAGAAUUGCGCCAGAGAAGAAAACAACUUGAAGCAUUGAUGGCCGAGCAUCAACGACAAAAAGCUUUGACUGAUAGCAACUCCAUUAUUGCUGCAUCUGUCAGGAGUGAAGAGACAGAGACACAGUGCACACAUCAGCUUAGCAGAACUGAAAGGACAAUGGCCACUUGGGGUGGUUCUACUCAAGGUGGAUUCGAUUAUGAAGAGGAUGACAAUGAAGAGGAGAUGUAUAACGAUGUUGAUGAAGAAGAUGAUAAUGAAUAUCAAUCUGAUGGGAUCACACAACCAGAAGAAGCUCUUGAGACAACUUCCCAUGAAACUUAUAGAACGAAUCCCAAUCGUAGCCAAUGUCAAAGAACACACAAUACACGAGAGAGCAAGAACAGAUGCAGGGAUAAACGACCAUUUUCUGCAGAUGGGAAGUAUCAUCGAUUUCUAAAAUAUAAACAACAGAAUGUUGGUGUGCGUCGACAGGAGAAUCUUAGAUGGGCAGCUGAUCUCUCCUAUGUGGAAGAAAGAGAACACUGGCAAGAACAAGUUAACCAACUUACCAGGCAGUUAGAAUUUAGUACAAAUAUGUGCCAGAGCCUGAUGCAAGACCAGCAGGCACUGUCAUACCUUCUGCAGACAUUUCUUACUGCCCCCUACAGUGUAAUGCCCAGCAAUGUUGGAUCUCCACAAGUUCACAUCAUCAUGCAUCAAUUAAAUCAAUGUUACACGCAGUUGGCCUGGCAACAGAACCAUGUGCAAAGACUAAGACAGAUGCUGAAUGACCUUCUGCAGCAACAGCAGCAAGACAAGAAGUCAGAAAAUCAAAGAGAUAGUAGUGUGCCUCCUCCUUCUCCCAGUUUUGUCCUUCCUCCAUUUACUUUUCCUUCUCCAUCCUUUAACACUUUAAGCACCUCAAGAUUUCCAGCUUGUUCUCCUUUUGUUCAUGGUUUUAAUGUUAAUCCAAUAUUCCCUCCUGGGUUUAGUGAUAUAUCACAAAAUGUCAGUGCCCAAAGUGGUGAUCAGCAGCCACUUGUAAAUGAGAACAAUGUCUCUGGAAAAACAGAGUAUUUGGCUUUUCCAAAGCCGUUUGAAAGUAAUUCUCCAAAAUGCAGAGAGAAUAAAUGGGUUGAGAAACAGGCUGAUGAUGGAAGACAACAGAGUGAAAUGCUAUGGUUGAAUGAUACAAAGGAUAGAUUGACACAAUCACCCAGACAAGGGCAGCCACCCACUUCUCUACCACAAAUGAAUGUGAACAACCCAAAGCAACAGGCUCCAGGGGAAAAUAGGAAGAAUUUUGAAGAAGAAUCCUUGGAAAGUUUCAGUAGUAUGCCAGAUCCUGUUGAUCCUACAACUGUAACAAAAACAUUUAAAUCCAGAAAAGCCUGUGCACAGGCCAAUCUAGCUUCAAAAGACAAAACUCCAAAAGCAAAAAUUAAGAAGGCGUUUUAUCAGAAGAACCAUUGGGAAAUGGGCGAAGGUUUUGAAUCUCCGAGCAUUUCCAGUGCUAGUGAGUGUUGUAGAGAAAAAGCCUGCCACGCCACACAGACAGAAGAGUUAUUGAAACCUAGAAACUCCAGUACAAGCAAAGAUGAAUUGCAAGAAAAAUCAAAGCGAAAGAAAUUAAAUGAUGUCUCCUCUGCACAUGCUAGGGGAGCACUGUUCGAAUCUAACAGAAAUGCAUGCAGUGAAGCACCAGAAACUAGUAGUGACGUUUCACUUUUUGAAGCUCUACGUGAUAAUAUAUAUUCUGAAGUGGCAACUUUAAUUUCCCAGAAUGAAUCAAGGCCCCAUUUUCUUAUUGAACUGUUCCAUGAACUUCAGUUGCUUAAUACUGAUUAUCUUCGGCAGCGGGCUCUUUAUGUCUUACAGGAUGUAGUAACACAACAUCUUUCAGAGAAGAGAUGCAAAGGAGGAGAGCAUACUUUAUCACAGAGUUCACCCAUAUGGAUGACAUGCAAUUCAGAACUGACUCCUAGUGAGAGUUUGGCUACAAGUGAUGAUGAGGAGAUAUGUGACAAGACUACUGAGCAACAACCUCUGACAGAGAUUCAGCAGAAUGAAAAUGUAGAGUACAUUGAAUCUUUCGAUAAUUCCAGUUCAUUGUCUGCUUCCUCUAAUUUAGAGCCCUUUGCCAAUGAUGACCUAGGUAAUACUGUCAUACACCUAGACAAGGCCCUAUCCAGGAUAAAGGAGUAUGAACGUGUCAAAUUUGAAGGUCAAAAUAAUCAAAAUUCAGAAGUCUGCACCAGUGCCAUUGAAUGUGCUGACGGUGGAUAUGUAGCUGGAAGUAGCUUUGUGAUGGAUCAUACCACUGACACUUCUGACAUUAAUUGCCCUCGCAUAGACACUCAACAACUGGACAAGCAAAUAAAGGCUAUCAUGACAGAAGUAAUCCCAUUUCUGAAGGAACACAUGGAUGAUGUCUGCUCUCCACAGUUGCUAACAACUAUUGGGCGCAUGGUGUUAGAACUUACACAGCAGAAUGAUGAAAGCAAGGAAUUUGUCAAGUUCUUUCAUAAACAACUAGGUGCCAUACUUCAGGAUUCUCUGGCAAAGUUUGCUGGUCGAAAGCUCAAAGAAUGUGGGGAGGAUUUGCUGGUAGAGAUUUCAGAGAUCCUGUUCAAUGAGCUUGCAUUCUUUAGGCUCAUGCAAGACCUGGAUAACAGCAGUGUUGCAGCAAAACAAAGGUGCAAAAGAAGACUGAAAGAAGUGGCAUCUUUUAAGCAUCAUUGUACAGCAGAGGAGAAGACACAUUCUAAAGAUGAUGAAUCCUCUAUGGAAGAGCUUGAAGAUGAAGACAAAGACAAGGAUGAAAGUGAGAUAGCUAUUACAGAUGAUCUCAAAGGAAAUGAAUCUGUUGGAGCCGAGAAGUUAAUGAAAAGUGGUUUAUCUGACAGAGAGGAGGAGGAUGUUGAAAGUGAAGCAAUAACUGCUAAAUGUGUUUCCAUCAGUUUAUCAAAAGCUGAAACUCAAGCAUUGACAAAUUAUGGCAGUGGUGAGGAUGAGAAUGAAGAUGAUGAAAUUGAGGACUUCGAUGCUUGUAAUAUUGAUGUGCAGACAUCUCUUCAAGCUAAUACUGAAAUUGCAGAUGAGAUUGAUCAUGAGCAGGAUAUUCUUGCCAAACCUAGUCAAGAUAAUGUGGUUAAUCAAAUUGAGAACACAGUUACUGCAGCUGAAAAUGAAUGCAGCAAGACUGCAAAUCUUGCUUUUGAGGCUAUAACAUCAUCAAAUCAAGUAUUAUUUAAUGAAGACACUGAGAAUUUAAAGCUGCCCAUACCAUUGUGCGACUGUGCUAUUCCAGGAACACCUAUGCAGAUGGAAAUAGAAAAUGACUUGCAAGGGACGCCAGAAAGCUCAUUGGCUGUCAGCCCUGACACAGAGUCUCCUGUGCUGGUUAAUGAUUAUGAGGCUGGAUCAGGCAAUUUGAGUCAAAAGUCAGAUGAAGAUGAUUUUGUUAAAGUAGAAAACUUGCCUUCAAGACUCACUGUGCUUUCUGAGGACGAUUUGAGGAAGAGAAUUUCUGAAGAAGAACAGAAUAACAAUUUAACCAGUAUGCUGCUGGAUACAGAUGGAGCACAAGAACUUGCUGGCAGCUCGGAAACUCUAAAAGAACCAGAAAACAGUGGAGCCCAAAGUGCAUGAAUGGCAACAAAUUGAUGUUCAUCACUCUCAUUUUUGUUUGGAAUUAGUUAAUAAUUUUAUUCCUGUUAAUUGAUAAAAUUGUUAUUUUUUUGAGUAGCCUUUCAGUAGAAUUGUUGUCUAUUUUACAUUGCUCAAGUCUGACCAGUAAUUUUUGGUCCAUAUUUAGUAUUGCGGCAAUACAUCAUAGUAACUUAAUACUUCUAUCUCUGAAUUGGCUAUAGUCUGAUUUUUUAAAAAUUACUCAUGUAGUUCUGUUUUAUAUUGAAAUAUAUUCUCUUUUAUAAUGAGGCUCUGAUUCUAAUACUGCUAUAUUUUGCCACUAAUAAGUACAUCACUAUCUCCUGAGACUUAUCACUGAUUUACCUACACUAAUUUGACCUUUAUCAACCAUUACCCAUUUAAAAUGAAGCCUAAUGGUGCUUGUCCAAGGUGGAGCAAUUUUUUGUGGCUCUGUACCAUAUAUACAAGCUGUUUGUAAUAACCCUUUGCUAUCUUCAAGCUUGAGAUCCACCUCCAAUCUUUUUGCUUGGAUUGGUCAAAAUGCUGAAUGGUAUUUUGACAUUGAAAAUAAUAUUUAAAAUUUACUGGAUUCAUCUGUUGUAGCCAAACUCCUCUAGCCUAAUACUCAUUAUGUAUACAAUUUUUAACCUGUAAAUUUCAUACAUGCAUUUGGAAAGUAGAUUAUAUAGGUUGUUUGUGAUGACUCAGUUGCAAAAUAGAAGUCCCUAGAACUUGCAGAUGUUGUAGGUAAAAAUUACUUGAUCUCAUAUAGAAUUUCUGAUUUUUGGCUUUCAUAUUCUACAAUAGAAAUAAAUUAUGUACAGUACAGACACCAAAAUUGCUAUUAAAUGGAACUAAGAAAUUUGACCUCCCAUUCUUGUAUUGGCAUUUGCUUGAGAUUCUCACUUAAGUCAGCAGACCCUUAUGCAGGUCCUAAGCAGGUGAAAUUCAUGUAUAGCCACACAAAUAGAUCUAUGCUUGUCCAGUACAUUAAUACCAAAGGCUGUUUGUCCAAAGCCAGAUUUUAGUUCUACAUUUGGCAUCAUUGGAAAGUUAAGUUCAAAUGGUAAACAGUAUUUCAAGCAAUUUUAAACAAAUUUGUAUUAUUUUUCAUUGAAAGUCACAUGUAAACAAAUUUCACUUUAUAUUUCCAUACUAUAAUGACUAAUUACUAACAAAAAUGCAUUUUAUAUGUUUGCAGUGUUGAGAAAUGCUUUCUCAGUUGUCAUUAAAGAAGCUCAUGCUUUGAUGACAUUGCACCCUUUUAAGAUGUAUUUAUCUGAGAUUGUAAUAAAAUAUGAAUUAAUUUUAGUUUGGAGCACUGUUCAUAACCUUGCCAAGUCUUGCGCAGUGUAUCUUGAAUGUAUUUUAAAUGGAACUGUUCUCUUUGGUACACUGUUUAAAAAAAAAAAUGCUGAAAAUAAUUGUAGUUUCUUAGAAAUUAUUCCAUUCAUAUUCAUCCUUCCAUCCUUGAAUUUUUCUAAAAAAAAAUGUUUGCUAUAAUGAAAAUGGCAAACAAAAUUUAAUAGUCUAGAGCUUGCUAAACUGCACUAGUUGGAGUAGAUUUGCUUUUAUUUCUGGGGACUUUCUGACCGUGAUCAGGAAUGACUCUUGCAGUAAAAGAAUUUACAUGAAAUGGGAUUUUAAAAAAAUUGUUUCUGACACUAUUCAUUUAGAAUAGACAUACUAUUUCUGCUAGUGGCAGCAAAAAACAUUUUUGUAGAAUUACAUGUACUCAGUCCUAUUUCAGCACAUUACAUUUUUGUGUCUUAAAUGUUUUGCAUUUAAUUUUAAUUUAAUUGGUUUGACAGGCAUGUUGCUGUGUUGUGUAGUUGAUUCUUAAUCUGCAUUUUAAAGUACAAUUUUAAGAUGUUUACUAUGCAAUUUCAAAAUAAAAUAACAUUUCAAUUGUA